AUGGCGUCGUACCAGCUCCGGCGUCUCUUUGGCGGCCUGCGCAUCAACGCUGGACAGACGGUCCGUCGCGGACUCGAGGACUUCUUCCCCGUGCAGCGAGUUCUCCAAGAAGGUGCCAAGCCCGGCAGUCUCACGAAAGUGCCCGCCAGCGUCGGCUCCAAGCAAGUGGUCGUCGGGGGGGACUGGAAAGCGUGGAUGCUGCGCGAAAAGAGCACGGAGGACCUGCACAAGCUCUGGUUCGUGCUGCUGAAAGAGCGCAAUGCGCUGCUCACGGAACUGCAGCACUGUCGUGCCAAGAAUCUGGCCAUGGUGAACCCGUCGCGACGGACGAAGGUCAAGAAAUCCAUGGCGCGGAUCAAGCUCGUGCUGCAUGAACGCAGCCAGAUCUACCAGGCCAAUAAGGCCAAGAAGGCGGCGUCUGAAGAGGGUGUGGAGAAGUAG